UUAUGGUAUGCGGGUACAGAACAGUAGCAGGAUUAGCUCUCAAUCAAAUGAGCAGCUGCAGAAUGCACCGUAACCUGUCCCAGGAUUCUGCUUCUUCGCCGUCACUCGGUUCCCGGCCUUCUUCAAGCCCCCCAUUUCCACCAUCUGCUUCUCCUCCUCCAAUUUCAGGUCCGGCACUGGCGCUGUUAGUUCCUGUGUAACUCUGCGCGGAAUGAACUCCCAUGGAGUCGUCCCUGACGUUUCCAAAGUCACGGUGGUGGACGACCCUGCGCUGCUGGAGGAGAAAGCUGCAGCAAUUCGUUUAGCUGGCCCUGCUAAACUCCAGGUGAUAGCAGAUUUCGACGCGACGCUUACCAAGUACAUUGUGAAUGGCCGCAGAGGCGACAGCAGUCAUGGCCUUUUGCGUCAAGAGAAUGCCGAGUAUGACGCCAAGAGGCUUGCUUUAUAUCAGUACUAUCACCCCUUGGAAUUCUCCCCUUCUAUCCCCAUAGAAGAGAAGACAAAGCUCAUGGAAGAGUGGUGGGGGAAAACGCAUAACCUUCUUAUUGAGGGAGGUCUUACAUAUGAUUCUAUUAAAGAGUCUGUUGCUGCAUCGGAAAUUGCUUUCAGGGAGGGAGUAGUUGAACUGUUUGAGUUUCUGGAGGAAAGGGACAUUCCAGUUCUCAUAUUUUCAGCAGGGCUUGCAGAUAUCAUAGAAGAGGUUCUGAGGCAGAAGAUUCAUCGAUCUUUCAAAAAUGUUAGGAUUGUGUCUAAUAGAAUGGAAUUCAAUAGAGAUGGACGGCUCAUUUCGUUCAAAGGGAAGUUAAUUCAUAGUCUAAAUAAAAACGAGCAUGCUCUUGAUAUGGCGGGCCCUCUUCAUGAGCAUCUUGGGGACUCCAAUGGGUUAAACAAUCUAGGUGGAUCGGUUAAAGAUAGAACCAACGUGCUCCUUCUUGGUGAUCACUUGGGAGACCUAAGAAUGUCUGAUGGCUUGGACUACAGCACUCGAAUUUCUGUUGGAUUCCUGUGAGUACUGUAAACUAGUCACCUUUCUUACUUGUAUAGUAGUAUUCUAUAUAAACCAGCACCUGAGUUAUAUUCCGUUAGAGUAGUUAUUACAUGUCACCUUUGCAGUUGUUUUUCUUGCACUUGAUUCUUAGUUUUGCUUUCACUUGAAUUAAUUAUGUAGCAGACUAGUAUUUGAAUCCUCUUUAUUUCACAUUUAACCACAUUUUAUAUGAUGGGGAACGUGUGUUUCGCUGAUCUCAUUCUGUUUCAGAGUGGGCUUGAAGAUGGCUGAAGAUGAAGAGUCAAAUAUGACAAAAGUGGAUGACUGAAAUGAAAGAUCCUCAUUUUUCUUUGCACUUUUCAUCAGUAGGUUGGUAUUAGUAUUAGUAACAAGUCUUGUGAUAUUAUUGAGCAGCACUUGUUGCUUGUAGUUGAAGUUAUUUACAAAGUAUCCAUUCAUCCGAAAUUGCUAUACCAUUUCUGAUUUAUUCAUCUCAACCACAUCAAAAAAAGAAACCAGAGUACAAAGG